GAAACGCGGAUCUUCAUUUUGGGUGCCGACACCGAGACGCGUCUCUUCCUUCAAAGCAGCCAUGCCCGUGAACGUGCCCAAAGUCAAGUUCUACAACGGGAACGAGGUGCCGAUCUUUGGAUUAGGAACCUGGAAGUCUAAACCCGGAGAAGUCACUCAGGCUGUGAAAGAUGCCAUCGACAUUGGAUACCGGCACAUCGACUGUGCUCACGUUUACGAGAACGAGAAAGAAGUUGGAAUAGCCAUAAAUGCAAAAAUCUCCGAAGGAGUCGUCAAACGAGACGAGCUCUUCGUCACUAGCAAACUUUGGUGCACUUUUCACCGAACCGACCUCGUUGAGCCAGCUAUCAAACAGACCUUGUCCGAUCUGGGUCUUCAGUAUCUGGAUCUGUAUUUGAUCCACUGGCCAAUGGCUUACAAGGAAGGCGGCGAUCUAUUUCCGAAAAAUUCCGAUGGCGCCAUCAUUAUGAGUGAUGUCGAUUAUCUCGACACCUGGAAAGGCAUGGAAGGGGUGUUGAAGAAAGGAUUGACGAAGAACAUCGGUGUCAGCAAUUUCAACUCUGAACAAAUCGAACGAGUUAUUAAGAAUUCCUCUGUCAAGCCCGUUACGAAUCAGAUCGAAUGUCAUCCAUACUUGACGCAGAAGAAGCUUUCCGCGUUUUGUAAGGAGAAGGAUAUCGUCGUUACGGCCUAUAGUCCCUUAGGGUCUCCUGAUAGACCCUGGGCUAAACCCGACGAUCCGAAAUUAUUGGACGAUGCGAAGUUGAUAGAACUUGCCAAAAAGUAUAAAAAGACGGCAGCGCAGAUCGUCAUUCGUUACCAGAUCGAUCGUGGGCAUGUAGUAAUCCCUAAGUCUAUCACCAAGUCUCGAAUUGCGGAAAAUAUCGACGUCUUCGACUUCAAAUUGUCCCCAGAAGACAUUACGUACAUCGACAGCUUCGAUAGAAAUGGCAGGAUUUGCGGACUGAGCGACACCGCGCACAGCCCGUACUUCCCAUUUAACAUCCCAUUUUAGGUAUACAAAAUGCAUACGCUACUAAGGUAACAUAAUGUUAAGAUGAAUCAAUCUCUCAUCCAGUCUAUUUCUUACGGAUACGUAACACUAAGAACUUUUGUACCAAAUAUGUGAACGGAAUAAAUUUAUUUGAGGCAUUGCA